ACUGGUUUGCCUUUUCAAGUGCAAACACACGUCCUUCGUUUAGUGGAUGGCUGUCGGUCUACCUCAGUCGAGAUUGCUGAAACAUAAGCUGUUAUGCACACCAUUGUGCUACUGGUGUUGUGGGUAUUGGGAACAUCACUGGUGUUACCAGACCCUGACACAGGGGGAGAGAAACCUACUGAUGAGCCCAUUCCCUGUUCCAAGGGCUGCACCUGUAUACAUGAUGACUACAGUCAAGAGCUCAAUGUCUACUGCAGUGCGCGCAACUACACCCAGGCCCCCGCUGAUGUGCCCAUGUCCACACGCUCCCUCUGGCUGGAUGGCAACAUGUUUACCAUUUUACCUGCUGCCAGCUUCAAGGAUCUCAGCAACUUGGACUUUCUAAAUCUGCAAAAUGGUCAGCUGGUGACCCUUGACUCCCAGGUGUUCCGGGGACUUAAGUCACUAGCUCACAUCCAUUUGGAGCGCAACCGCAUCCGUUCAUUGCCUGGCACAAUCUUCCAGAACACACCUAACCUUGCCUCACUCAGUCUCAAUAACAACCAAUUGUCCCGAAUUGAAGAUAAGCUGUUUGCUGGCCUCUCACAUAUGUGGCUUCUCAACUUGGGGUGGAAUUCAUUGGCAGUGUUGCCUGAGAAUGGAUUCCAGGAUCUGCAUGGCUUGAGGGAGCUGGUGCUGGCUGGGAACAAGCUGGCUUACUUACAGCCACAACUCUUCCAAGGUCUAACUGAGCUGAAGGAGUUGGACCUCACUGGAAACUACCUUAAGGUCAUCAAGGCUAAUGUGUUAUUGAAGCUCACAAAACUGCAAAAGCUUUACCUAGGCCAGAACCAAAUCAUGUCAGUGGUACCCAGAGCUUUUGUGGGUAUGAAGUCCCUUAGAUGGCUGGAUCUCACAAACAAUAAACUAUCAGUGCUCCACGAUGAGACUUUCCUAGGUCUUCACAGCCUCCAUGUACUGCGGCUCUCAAACAACUCCAUUAGUGCACUAAGGCCCAGGACCUUCCGUGACUUGCAGUAUCUUGAGGAGCUGCGUCUCAGUUACAACCGGAUCCGGUCCUUAGGAGAGAGGAUCUUUGAGGGGCUUGGGCACCUUGAGGUUCUCGAGCUGGAGCACAACCAGGUGCAAGAGGCCCGGAUGGGUACUUUCAUGGGCCUCUCUCAUCUGGCUGUGAUAAACCUGUCAGGCAGCUGUUUCCACAGUCUUCCAGACCAGGUGUUCAAGGGUCUCUUCAAGCUCCACAGUCUUCACCUGGAUAAAGGCUGUCUAACCAGGGUCACAACACAGGCUUUUGUUGGACUUUCAGGUCUUCGACGGCUCUUCCUCCAACACAACAACAUAUCUGUGGUGGAGCGCCAGAGCUUUGUUGAACUAUUGGGCCUUCAGCAGCUGGACCUGAGGUUUAACAAGUUAGAUGCCCUCACCUCCCACACCUUCUAUGGCCUGAAGAACUUGGACUAUCUGCUGCUGUCAAGCAACCAGUUUCGUCAGCUCCCUUCUGAGGCCCUUCCGCCUCUGCAGCAUCUCUCAUGGUUAGACCUCUCAGCUAACAGGCUGGAGCAUUUACACAAUGGUACCUUGCAGCUGCUGCCCAGACUACGCUACCUAAACCUGAAAGAUAACACUCUUAGCAGCAUUCCACCAGGUAUCCCAGACACCCUGGACCAACUCUGGCUGACAGGAAACCCUUGGAAUUGUGACUGCAGUAUCCUUCCUCUCAGAGAAUACAGCUUGAGGAGACCACAGACUGUCCCCCGGCAGGUGGAGACCCUGGCUGAAGGAGUGGAACCUCACACUGUUGUCACCAUCUACAACAGCAUAACAUGCACCAGCCCCCCAGCUCUUCUUGGCCAUGACCUGAGAGAUAUCAGCGAUGAACAUUUCAGCAAAUGCUGAGGCAAGGAUCUAUUCAAUCAAUAAUACCAGACAUUUUAAAGAAAUCAAAAUAAUUGUUAUACCUACAACUUUCACUGUAUAUUGAGUAAGUUUUGCCAUUAUGCUUUAUUCAUCAAUAUAUGUAUAUAUAUAUAUAUAUAUAUAUAUAUAUAUAUAUAUAUCUAUAUAUAUAUAUCUAUAUAUAUAUAUAUAUAGUUAAAUUAUUUUGGCUACUGUAGUAAUUAAGCCCUAUAUAGUAUGUGUGAGAAGUAGAUACACUAUUGCAUUACCAUAUACAUAUUUUUUGCAAUUUGUAAAAUGUUUUAUCAUUGCAGGGAACACAUUCCAAGUAAGCCUACCAGAAUAAUCUGUGUAAAUACUGUAUGUUCAGUACAAUUAGCUGAUAUAUUUCAAAUUAGUCAUUUUUGGAAUGGAUUACUAUGAAAUGUAUUCACAUAUUUGUUUUGUCCUCUAAAUAAAUAUAAGAGAAAAGGACAGCCUUCUGCUUGUCUGAAAGGAUUUCAAUGAAACACAAAUGCUCAGACUUUCUGGAUGGCUCUACUGCUUACAUUACACAACCUUGAUCAACAAACUUCAAAGCCAUUGAAGCCUCUUCAAACAUUGCCUGAUGGAUCUAUAAAAUAAAUCCUGGAUAUGGUCCGAUUUAAAGCACUAUAACAUGUUUUCACUAAUUUAAAAUAAAAUUACUUUUCAAUA